AUGGCACUAUGGGCAGAUAGGAUCACUAUUAAGAAGACUAUAGGAACAUCUCCUUUUGAGCUAGUAUAUGGAUCUAAAGCAAGGAUGCCAAUAAACAAUCUUCUGCUUGUGUACAAGUUCAUACAUGAAAACAACCUGGAAAUGUUAGAUCCACUGGAAGAAAAAAUGGAGAUGCUUGCAGAAUUGGAUGAAAGUAGAGAAGAUUCUCAUAGGAAGAACCUGAAGCUGCAACAAAAAAGUAAGUACCUAUUUGAGAAAAAGGCAUCAGAAAGAAAAUUUAAAAUUAAUGAUUUGGUACUAUUUUGGAAUGCUAGAGCCCAAGAUAAAGGCAAGCACGACAAAUUUGACGCCUUAUGGCUGGGGCCAUUUGUUGUUGCAGAGAAGAAUGGUGAGGAUUCAUACUUCCUCACUGAUAUGAACAGUGAAAUGCAGGAACUGCCAGUGCAUGGACAAUUCCUUAAGCAUUUCUUUGCUUGA